AUGAAGAUCCAACUGUCCCCGUCCUUGGUCCUUCUUCUCCUUCCCGCCCUGGCGACUGCGGCGGCGGAUCUCAACUCCGCCAGUCAACCGAGUGUUCAGGGAUCAUCCGAUCUGACCUCCCGCUAUGUUGAUUCCGACUCGAUCGCAUCCAACAAUGCUGUCAAGGGGUCGCUGGACGCCCCGGUAGACGGCAAGGAUGGCAGGCCACAUGCCGGCCCAUGGGUGGAAACCAAUGCGGAGCGCGACCGCAAGAGCAACAAGGCCAGUGACGAUAUCGACACGGUCUCAACGAAGUAUGACCUCAAAAUUCCCUCGACGGAGCACCUCAGCACCGGGGAAGGGAAAGUGAUCCCACACUCCAACGGUGGUGUGAUGGAUGAUCCAGACCGGGCUGGCCCCAAGGCGGGCACGAGAGGUACUGAGGGAGGCGUCUCAGAAAAGGGCAAGGAGAACCAGUACAAUGCUGAGAAAGUGCCUGGAAGUCCCAAGGAGGCUCCUCCCUUGCCGCAUAGCGAGAAGCAGAAGCAGUCUGAUAGCGAUGCGACCUUGGGAAGUGGUGGUCGCACUGCCGAUGAGGCUGGAACCCUUGGAAUGCUGGAGAAACCGGCCGAUCUCCCUAACAAGCCCCACGAUAUCCCCCACCCCAAGUCACCCUCGCAGGCCAAGGAUGACCCUCUGGCUGUUCAGCAUGGCUCCGCAGGCUCGGGAUCAUCCCUCGGUUCCUCGACCUACGAUAAAACCUCGCCCCAGGUCUCACCGGAUGAUGGCGAUGGAUUACACUCUCUGAUCUUUGCGUUUACUAUGAUUAUCGUAUCCGAGAUUGGCGACAAGACCUUCCUCGUCGCAGCACUCAUGGCCAUGAGACACCCACGACUGGUUGUGUUCUCCUCCGCAUUCUGUGCUUUGUUUGUCAUGACCGUAUUGUCCGCUGUUCUUGGCCAUGCCGUUCCAACCCUGAUUCCCAAGUCGCUCACGAAAUUGAUGGCGGCUGUCCUCUUCCUGGUGUUCGGCGGAAAGAUGCUGAAGGAAGGCCGUGAGAUGUCUCCAGAUGAGGGUGUAGGAGAGGAAAUGCGCGAGGUCGAGAUGGAGCUGGAGGAGAAAGAGCAGGAGCAGCGACGUAUGGGCCGUCGCCGCUCCUCAGUCACCCCGCACUCGCUGGAAGCUGGCCGUGCUGGUGGUCGUCCCAAGUCGCGCGGUUCUACCAACCGCCUGCCUUCCCCUCCUGAGAGUAUCUCCUCCUCUUCCUCUCGUGGCUCGUCACCUACCCCUGGCCGCCGUCUGAAUGACAUGAUGACCGGCGUCAGCAACCUCUUCUCUCUUCUCCUCAGCCCAGCCUGGGUGCAGACCUUUGUUAUGACUUUCCUCGGCGAAUGGGGUGACCGUAGCCAGAUCGCUACCAUCGCUAUGGCUGCCGGUCAAGAUUAUUGGUGGGUGACCGUUGGCGCGAUCACCGGCCAUGCAAUCUGCACCGCCGCGGCUGUCAUCGGUGGACGAGCCAUCGCUGGCCGCGUCAGCAUGCGUGUCGUGACCCUUGGCGGUGCCACGGCUUUCCUCGUCUUCGGCAUCAUUUACUUCAUUGAGGCCAUGUAUUAA